AUGUCCAUGCUUUCUACACAUUUGAGUAGCUCAGCAAAGGUCACCAAUGCUCCUGAUCCUGCUCAAACCAACUGUCUAGCAGGUAUUUGCUUCUCUGUCUCUCUGAGUCCUUUAUUUUCCUCCAAUCAGUUCUGGAUUGUAGACUCAGGAGCUACUCGACAUAUUUGUUCACAAGCUAGUGCUUUUGUUUCCCUGCAUUCUAUUCAUCACACGACAGUUACUUUGCCAAAUCAUUCUCAGAUUUUGGUUCAUUUUGCUAGUGAUGUUAAAUUGCAUUCUGAUCUUGUGCUUAAGGAUGUACUGUUUGUUCCUCAAUUCAAAUUCAACUUGAUCUCAGUCAGUGCUUUAGUAAUUGGAUCUGCCCUUACAGUGAGUUUUCUCCCUAACUGCUUUGUUAUCCAGGAUCUAUCCACCAAGAGGAUGAUUGGCAGGGGAGACAAAGUUCAAGAUCUCUAUAUUCUUAAUCUUCAUUAUUACAUAAGGUGGAUCCUUGUUAUAUUUGCAAGACCUUUUGAAUCAAAUAAUCAUUUGUCCAAAUUUCCUUUUGAUCUUGUGCACUGUGAUAUUUGGGGGCCAUAUCCAACUGUUUCUUAUACUGGUCAUCGGUUUUUCUUGACUCUUGUUGAUGAUUGCACUCGGUUCAAUUGGGUAUAUUUGUUGAAGAAUAAGUCUGAUGCUGUCUCUGUGAUACCAAAGUUUUUCAACAUGGUUUCAACUCAGUUUAAUGCCAAAAUCAAGGUGUUUCGAUCUGAUAAUGCACCUGAGUUAUCUUUUGCUGAGUUUUUUCAAGAUCAGGCAUUUGUUUCCACUUUAGCUACUCAUCGAACCAAGUUCCAACCUCGUGCUCGAGUUUGUGCUUUCCUUGGCUAUCUGCCUGGUGUGAAAGGUUAUAAGUUCUAUGAUGUAGAAACCAAACAAGUGUUUCUUUCCCGCAAUGCGUUGUUUCAUGAGGAAGUAUUUCCUUUUCAUGCUAUUACUAGUUCCGAUCAGGCUCUUUUUAUUUCAGAUCUUGAUUCCUCACCUGUUCAUGAUCCACUUGUUCCCUCUGGUGAUACUUCUACUUCAGCAGCCAAUAUUCCAAUAAAUGAUACUCCAGCAACUGAUUCUUCAUCUACUGGUGUUGUUCUUCGCAAAUCUACCAGGAUGAUUCAUCAACCUCAUUACUUGAAGGAUUACCACUGCAAUUUGCUUGUUGGUUCUUCUACUCCUGCUUCCACUUCUGCAUAUUAUCCAAUCUCUAACUAUAUAUCUUAUCAUGGCCUUUCGGAUUUCCACAGGCAGUUUUUGCUCAGUGUAUCUUCUCAGGUUGAGCCUCAAUACUAUCACCAAGCCGUGAAGUUUCCUGAAUGGAGAUUGGCUAUGCUGAAGAGUUAA